GCGGGAUGCGCGCGCGCCGCCCGACAGAUACUCCGGUCGCCGGAGGCUGCGUCACACGCACAUCAGUGAAGUCCACUUCACUAUCGGCGCGCCUGCGCAAGAGCGCGCAGUUCGGCGGGACAUUCAAAAUAUUUAAUUUUUUUUUUAUUCUUUGUUUUUUUGAACUUAUUUUGUCUUGUGCCUGUACUGUACUGUGGUGUUGUUUAGUGUUGUUCCAAGAACUAGGAGAGUUGUUGGCAUGAUCGCGUAAAGAUGACGGCUUAUAACUUCAGAUCGCUGCUACUAGCAGCCAUCGUAUUAAGUAAUUGUAUAACAUGGACGGCUUCGAGACACCAUUACGCACACAAUGUUCACCAACACCGCACCAGACACAGGCGGCAAGGCGCCGGUCUAUAUCUACCUGCAUCCUACGUCAUACCCGGAGGGGAAGGGUCGGGACCCUGGGGAGACUGGGGGGAGAUCUCACCUUGCUCUAGAACCUGCGGAGGAGGCGUAGCCAGCCAAAAGAGAAUAUGUCUAGAGCCAGGACCACAGAACUCGUGUACUGGUGGCGACACGAAGUACUUCUCAUGCCAGACGCAGGACUGUCCCGCCGGCUCGGGUGACUUCAGAGCCGAGCAGUGUGCGGAGUUCGACGACAAGGAGUUCAGGGGUUUCAAGUACAAUUGGGUUCCGUACACGAAGGCCCCAAACCCUUGCGAGUUAAACUGCAUGCCCCAUGCAGAGCGGUUUUACUUCCGACACAAGCUGCAAGUGGUGGACGGCACCAGGUGUAAUGAAGACUCCUUCGACGUGUGCGUCAACGGAGUCUGCCAGCACGUGGGCUGUGACAUGAUGCUGGGCUCCAGUGCGAGGGAGGAUAAGUGUCGGGAGUGCAGAGGAAACGGCACCAACUGUCACACCAUGGAGGGAUUGUUCGACUCGCAGGAUCUCUUAAAAGGGUACAACGACAUCUUGCUGAUUCCUGAAGGCUCCACCACUAUCAUUAUUGAGGAAAUCGAACCCUCAAACAACUACUUAGCAUUAAGAGCUAAAAACGGCACGUACUACCUGAACGGCCACUACCACAUCGACUUCCCGAGGAGUAUCAUGAUCGCUGGCGCCCUCUGGACGUACGAACGCAGUCAGCAAGGUUUCCCUGCGCCUGACAAACUCCGCUGCUUAGGACCUAUCACAGAACCUCUAUAUCUCUCCCUUCUUCUUCAAGAUGUAAAUGUAGGUAUCAAAUACGAGUACAGCAUCCCCAACAACUCUACGCCUCCCACUGACAAGCAAUACAACUGGGUGCAUGAAGAGUUUACGCCGUGCAGCGCCACCUGUGGCGGCGGUUUUCAAACACGCAACGUGACAUGCAGAUCAAGGGAGGAGUUGGAGGUGGUUGACAACAACUUAUGUGACGAGGGUCUGAAACCCCCCACGAACCAGUCCUGUAAUCAAGACCCCUGCCCCGCGCAGUGGGUGGCAGGACCUUGGGGAGACUGCUCCAAGAGGUGUGGCAGCGGGGGAGUCAGGUCUCGGGAGGUCACCUGCCAGAAAGUCAUUGCUAAUGGCAUCGCAUCCAUAGUUCCGGAGAAGGAGUGCUUCGAGUUACUGGGCCCGAAACCUGAGUUAUUCCAAAAGUGUAACGAAGAUGCUCCCUGUCCCGACUGGUUCGUUGGGCACUGGAAACCGUGUGACAAACUCUGUGACGAGGGCAAGCAGACGAGACAGGUGGUGUGUCGCCAGAAGAUCAAUGGCCGCGUCACAGUGCUAGGUGACGGGAACUGUACAGACGAGAAGCCAGCGGUUGAGCAGAAGUGUAUGAUACAACCCUGCGAUGGUGUGGACUGGGUCACUUCUGACUGGUCUGGGUGCGACACCUGCUUUUCAAAAUUGAGGACACGGUCAGUAACUUGCGCGACGAAGGGACAUCAGGUCUUGAAUGAUAGUUUUUGUACGUACCAUAACCGUCCAGUGGAGCAGGAAGAGUGCGACGAGGCCAAGCUGCCACCGUGUGAGGUGCAGUGGUACGCCACACAGUGGAGCAAGUGUUCCGUUGAGUGCGGCGAUGGAGUUCAGACUAGGAAAGUGUUCUGCGGCUUGCUCAGUGACGAUAGCGUGGAAAAAGUAGAGGAUUCCAAGUGUGCUCACCUCCCGAAGUACAAUGACACCAAACCUUGCUCUGUUCCCAAAGAGAAAUGUCCCUCGCAGUGGUUCACUGGGCCUUGGUCAGAGUGCACCAAAGAAUGCGGUGGAGGGGAGCAGUUCAGACGAGUAAUGUGUCUGCGAGGGAAUGAGGAGGCCUUCGACUGUCCUGCUGAUGUUGUGCUUGACUCGACGCAGUUCUGCAACACUGGACCUUGCAAUAAAGAUGAUCUGCUGCCAGUGGACAAACUGUCUACAGUUAUUAUGGACGAUGACGAUGAUUACUGUGAUGAAGACGUGGAGAUGGAAGAGGCCGGUUUAGAUUUCGACCUGACUGAUACUACGCCUGAUCUCGCACUCAGUGACUCCCCAAUGACUAGUUACGCCGAGCAUGAAGUAUCUUUGGAUGCUGGAUCCGGAUUUUCAUCGUUAUCAACUGAUGACCUGACGACAGACGAGGGCUCUGGGUUCAGUAGCGCCUCGACAGACACAUCGUACCACACUGAAUACGAUGAUGAUGGUUCUGGUGAAACAUCUGUAAAACCAUCAGGUUCUACACUCACAACUAUAAUACCAUCUCUAGAGCCUGAUCUUGUUGCAAGCAUCUCUACAAAACUUGAAUCAUCUUCUACAAUAACUGAUUCGACGUCAAGCGAUACUGAAAGUGAGACAGGCUCUACGCCAACAGGUGUCACUGAGGAGACAUCCUCUACUGAUGAAAGCUCUACUGAUUCUACUGGGUCUACUGAAUCUACUGAAACCGGUUCCACAUCCUCCGAUGAGACUGGUGCUACAAGUUCGACUGAAGCUACCAAAGACACUGAUUCCACAGGCUCAACGGUAGAAGCAAGCAGCAACGCUACUGAAAGCGACUCUACAUCCUCAGAUGAGACUAGUGAUUCUAGUGCAACUGAAGCAACUACCAAAGAUACUACAGGAUCAACGGAAGAGGGCGAUACAUCAAGCACAGAAAGCAGUCGCUCCACUGAUGUUAAGGAAACUGGAUCUACUGAAGCAACCAGUUCAGCGGCAUCUGAAAGCACGGGCACUUCUGACACAUCAUCUAGCACUGACGAAAGUUCUACUGAAGUUUCAACGUCUAAUGAAACUGGUGUCACUACCCCUACUGGAGAAACUGAUUCCACUGUUACAGAAGAAACAAGUGGUACAGAGAACACGGGUUCUACUGAAUCUACUGUCACAGGAGAAUCUAGUUCUACUGAGUCUGAGUCUACAGAUACAUCAAGCGCUACUGAAUCUUCACCUACUGAUACAACUAGUGCUACUGAAUCCACGGUCACUGAAGAAUCGACCCCAUUAGAAUCCACUAUCACUGAACAUACAGACACAGCUGGCACAACAGAUGCAAGUGAAUUAUCUACGGACUCGGAUUCGACAGAUACUGAUAACACAACAGAUGAUCUAUCAACUACAGGCUUGACAACUACACCCGUUCCAAAGGGUUCAACGUUGACAACUCGUAAGAUGCCAGGUGACACUGAGGAAACAACUACUCCUAAAGAAUCAAGCACUGAACCGACAUCUGAGACAGGUUCUACAUCAGAAGUCGAAUCUACCACUGCUCCAGAAUUAACUACCGGAGGAUCAGAUUCAACCACGGAAGAAUCAGGAGCUACUACCGAAGAAUCAGGAUCAACAACCGUAAAAUCAGAAUCAACAACAGUAGAAUCAGGUUCGACAACUGCAGAAUCAGAAUCCACAACUGAAGAAUCAGGCUCAACAAUGACUGGUGCUGAGACCACUACCGAAGCUGUUGAAAGUAGUUCAUUGGCUGAAACGACUGCAGAAGAAGGAAGUACGGAAGUUGUAAGCAGUACAACAGGAGGAGAAACAACUGUUGAGACUACUGGAAGUAGCCUGUUAUCUGGAUCAACUGAAGAAAGUUCUACUGCCUCAGGAAGUGAAUCUACAGGAGAAACUACAUCUAACACUGUCUCUGGUUCAGAAACAACAACGGAAAGUAGUGAAUCGUCUACAGAACAAUCUACUACCGAGUCUAGUGAUACUGCAUCUACGGAAUCGACAGCAGAGAGCUCUACUCUAGCAGAAGGCUCGACUGGCUCAGAAACAUCUACGAUUUCAGAUCAAAGUACUACUGUUGAAUCAGGCACUGAAGAAACAACAGGACUUUCAGGACUUACCACAACUGAAGAACCUACGACGGAAGGAGUAAUUACUACCAAAUUAUCAUGGCAAGACGUCCUGAAAUCAAACAGAACGUGCAAGCCACGUAGGAAACCCAAAUGUAACAAGACGAAGUUCGGAUGCUGCCCUGACAACAAGACCGCCGCUCUCGGUCCAUUUGAUGAAGGAUGUCUCAAACCACGCACUUGCAAGGAAUCCCGUCAUGGUUGUUGUCCUGAUGGUGUGUCCCCGAAACUGGGCGCGACUGACGAAGGCUGUCCCGUGGAGCCCUGCGCAGACACGCUGUUCGGCUGCUGCCUCUCUGACAACAAAACCGCGGCUCAAGGCAACGACCAAGAGGGAUGUCCUCCACCACCGCCAGCAUGUGCAUCGUCUAAGUUUGGAUGUUGUGCUGACAACGAGACCGAAGCCACUGGACCCAAAAAGGCAGGAUGCCCUGAAACCGAAACUUCAACUACUGGAGCUGGUACAGAUGUUACAACUGAAUCUGUUGAAACGGGAGAUGAAAGCACGACCGGAGCAGACACCACGGCGGCAGGUACUACGGAGCUCGGUGGUACUACCCUGGAACUGUGUAGUAGCUUCGAGUUUGGAUGCUGCGCUGAUAACCAGACUGAAGCCAAAGGACCCGACGGUCAAGGAUGUCCAUGCAACGCUACUGAGUUUGGCUGCUGUCCUGAUGGUGUGUCCCCAGCUAAAGGAACAGGCAAUGAAGGUUGCCCAGGUCCCUGCAGCACGUCACCGCACGGUUGCUGCCAGGACAAUAAGACCCCUGCCCACGGACCGGACUUUGAAGGGUGCUGCUUACUGCAAGCAUUUGGAUGCUGCCCAGAUAACCGCAAGCCUGCCGAAGGACCACAUCUUGAAGGAUGUGGGUGUCAAUACUCGCUUCACGGAUGCUGCCCUGACAACGUUACCAUCGCUCAGGGAGCAGACAACCAGGGCUGUGGCUGCCAGUAUACGCAGUACGGCUGCUGUCCAGACAGACAUACAGCUGCCUCUGGCCCUGACAACGAAGGCUGUGGCUGCAGCACGUUCCAAUUCGGUUGCUGCCCUGACGGCGUCACCAUCGCCAAGGGACCUGAACAGCAAGGCUGUCACUGCCAUUACUCCUUGUUUGGCUGCUGCGGAGACGGCGAGACCCCGGCGACUGGCCCUGACUCUGCAGGCUGCGACUGCUCCACCAGUAAAUACGGCUGCUGCCCUGAUGGAAUUACUUUGGCAGCUGGUCCUAAGUUCCUUGGGUGCACUGAUGUACCUGAGAAUAAACAAGCUGCCUGCAGCCUGCCGACAGACCCAGGCUCGUGUCAUAACUUUACGGCGAUGUGGUACUUCGACAUGACGUACGGAGGCUGUUCCCGAUUCUGGUACGGAGGCUGUGAGGGCAAUGGUAACCGCUUCGCCACGAAGGAGGACUGUGAGGACGUGUGUGUACAGCCCUCACCUAAAGACGCAUGCAACCUUCCUAGCGUAAAGGGCGCUUGUGACGGUAGCUAUGAGCACUGGCACUACAAUAGCACACGCGAGCAGUGUGUUCCAUUCCUGUACGGAGGUUGUCUCGGCAACGCCAACAACUUCGAGUCCAGGGAGCUCUGCCAGAAACAGUGUGAGCCUAAGGCGGUUGAAGGGCAAUGCGACCUGCCAAUCGAGCAAGGCUCGUGUGCCGGCAACUUCAGCCGCUGGGGCUUCAACCCUGACACCCGCAGCUGCGAGCAGUUCAUAUGGGGAGGCUGUGAGGGCAACGCCAACAGGUUCAGUACCGAGGCCGCUUGUCAAAUGCGCUGCAACCCGCCAGGGUCACAACCACCUCAGUGCGCAGAGCCACAAGAAGCAGGCUCUUGUGACAAUAAGGAAGCUCUCUGGUCCUUCAGUGUGUCAGAGAACCGCUGCGUACCAUUCUACUACAGUGGAUGUGGAGGCAACAACAACAGGUUCCCGUCCAGGGAGGCUUGUGAACAAACCUGUCCUGCCGCUUACGUGCCCGAUAAGUGUACGCUGCCCGCCGAGACCGGUCAAUGCUCGAACUACAGGGAGAGAUGGUUCUUUGACACAACAUUUAAGAGAUGUCGUCAAUUCUACUACGGUGGUUGCGGUGGCAACGAGAACAACUUUGCCACCGAGGCGGAGUGUGAAAACUCGUGCUUCGAACUUAAGACCACCACUACGACCACCACCACCACAACGGCCAGACCUGCAGAACCUCAGCCACAACCAGGACCUCAAGUACCAUCGAGAUCUGAUUUCUGUUUUCUGGAGAUCGACGCUGGCCCUUGUAACGACAUGCAAACUCGAUUCGCGUAUGACAGCAAGCUGGGUCGCUGCGUCACCUUCCAAUAUGGAGGCUGUGCCGGCAACCAGAACAACUUCCCAGACUUGGAGUACUGCACAUUCUACUGCCAUCCUAUACAGGACAUCUGCCAACUGCCAAUGCUGGCUGGGCCAUGCGACGACUCACAGAUGCGCUGGUUCUACGACCCCAGCUCCGACACCUGCAGCCAGUUCACCUACGGAGGCUGCGAAGGCAAUGAGAACAGAUUCGAGACCCGUGAGGCUUGUGAGAGCAGAUGUAAGACCGGACCAGUGCCGGCAGCCACCACACCGUCGACCACAGUGGCAGUAGGCUCAAGAUUCGGAGAAGAUUUCGCAUUAGCAUGCAAGGUAACAGACUCGCUUGAGGAGUGCCAGCAAGGAGGUCUGGUGUGGUACUAUGACCCAGAGCAACGGGAGUGCGUGUCCCACUCCAACCGGGAGUCGGGCGCUGUCUGCAGGCACACUGGCACCUUUACCUCACAGGAGGCUUGCGAGAGGUCCUGCGGAGCGUUCAGAGGAGUUGAUGUGUGCAAGCAAAGUGUGGACCCAGGUCCAUGCCAGUCAUACAUGACGAAGGUGUACUUCGACACGGCCUCAGGUCAGUGCCGUGAGUUCAGCUAUGGUGGAUGUCUGGGUGGCGCCAACCGUUUCUCCACCAUCGAAGAAUGCAACCAAGUCUGCGAGACUGCAGUUCCUGAUCCAUGCGUACUCCCGCCUGAGACCGGAACCUGUAGCGACUACAUAGUGCAAUGGUACUACGACCCAGCUCGAGACCAAUGUAACCAAUUCGCGUUCACCGGCUGCGGCGGUAACACUAACAGAUUUGAGACCCGACGCGAUUGUGAGUCUCGAUGCAAGCGGCCUGAACCACGCACCACUACCACUGAAGCCCCACAACCGCUACCGCAAGCAGAACCAGAAUGCAAGACCCCAAGUUCGCUGGAACCAUGCGGCAAUAACGUGACAGUGUUCUACUACGACGCGGAAAGGAGGCAGUGCCUCGUCAGCGGCUUCGGAGGUUGUGGACAUCCAAACUCCUACAGUACGGAGGAAGAAUGUGAGAGGAACUGCGGUGCCUUCCGCGGACAAGAUGUGUGUGGCGCUCCUCUGGACCCGGGUCCAUGCCGCGCCUCCAUCCCCAAGAUCUACUGGGAUGAGAUAUCUGGCUCCUGUCAGCCAUACGCGUACGGCGGCUGCAAUGGCGGACCCAACCGGUUCUCCAACGUCGAAGAGUGCGAGAGCGUCUGUGGAGGCACCGGACCUGAUCAGAACCAAAUUGCAGUUCCGGACUGCACAGCUGCCCAGCAACAGUGUGAAGCACUGGACUGCCAGUACGGAGUUGCCAGAUUCAUGCAAGAUGGAUGUGAGAGGUGUGAAUGUAGUGACGACCCAUGCGUCAGAGCGAACUGCUCGUCCAACGAGCGCUGCGUGGCCGUGGCCGUCAGGAACCCAGCCUACCAGGAGCCGCAAUAUUCUGCCACCUGUGUUGAAGAGACGAACGAGGUAGACGACUGCGAGGAGUACGCGGCGAACUGUUCGAGGCUGCGCUGCGAGUACAACAUCCAGCGCACGCGCAUGCCGAAUGGAUGCGAGAAGUGUUCCUGCGUGCAGCUCGAGGUCGACUGCCAGCCGCUGCUGCACGAGUGCGAGACCAUCAAGUGUAACUACGGCAUCCAGAAGUCCAUCGGAGCUGAUGGAUGUCAGAGAUGCAGCUGCAAGGAAUACCCGUGUGCGAAGAAGACGUGUCCCCCCGGCGACCGGUGCGUGGUCAUACCAUACAACGACGGUCUCGAUUUAGUCACGAAGUACACAGCAGAUUGCAGGACUGUAACGAAACCUGGAUUCUGCCCGACGGAAGAAACGACUACGAACGAGGUGACGUGUCGCCACGAGUGCUACGAUGACGCCGACUGCCGCGGAGUGGGCAAGUGCUGCAGGCGCGGCUGCAGCGACCUCUGUCUGGUGCCCGUUGAACAGACGUCCCCGCCUCCUGUCUUCAACGCUACGUUGCCGCCUGAUGUACCAGCGCCACCACAGGCGUUGCCCCAGCAGGAGCCCCAGGUGGCAGCUUCGGAAGGUGGUAAAGCCACCCUGCGCUGUCUGUUCCAUGGCAACCCACCGCCCAAGAUCACGUGGAAAUAUGGAGAGCUUACUAUUGACGGUAACGCUGGCCGCUACAGGUUGAUGUCGGACGGCGCGCUGGAGAUCGUGUCUCUAUACCGCAACGAUUCCGGCGUUUACAUCUGUGUGGCCGACAAUGGCCUUGGAAUAGCCACGCAGGAGAUACACCUGGUCGUCAAUGAUCCUGUGAGGGCGCCUGUUGGAAUUGCUGGAGAUGAGAAUGCCGUGGUCACCGGGGAGUUGGGCAGCCCGCUCACAGUGCGGUGCCUGGCGUACGGGUACCCGCCGCCCACCGUAUUCUGGUACAGAGGCUAUGAUGGAACGAUGGUGCCAUACAAUGACGCUGUAUUCGAAGCUAGAGGCAAUGUGCUCCUCAUCAGAAGUCUGGCUAUCGAAACUCUUGGACAGUACACGUGCCAAGCGUACAAUGGAGAAGGCAAGGCGGCGUCUUGGGUGGUCAAUGUACGUGCGUACAGACCUGAAGGACUUUUCAUUGAAAAUGACAUGUUAGUGCCGCGCGGCACGCCGGCACCCAUGCCUAGGACUCCGCCUCCUACCACCAAGGAGCUAACCACUACCACGACCACUACCGAAGCACGCAUACCUGUGUACACCGUGCCGGUGAGCGCGCACGUGUCGUCUAGGUACUCUACGUUGAACGUCGGCACAAACCUGGAGCUCACUUGCGAAGUGGACGGAUUCCCGGCCCCCGAUGUCUAUUGGACGAAGGACGGCGUCCGUCUUCAGCCCAACGACAGCAUCCUUAUUACUGGUAGCGAGGUGGUGUCCCGGCUGACAGUGCAGCGGGUGAAGGUCUCGGACAGCGGACUAUACGCGUGCCACGCCAGCAACCUGUACACCUCGCAGACUGACACUGCGCAGGUGAACGUGCAGCAGCUACUGGUACCAGCUAAGUGUACGGACAAUCCAUUCUUCGCUAACUGCGAUCUGAUCGUGCGCAGCAAGUUCUGCAGGCACAAGUAUUAUUCCAAGUUCUGUUGUAAGUCGUGCGUGGAGGCAGGUCAGCUCGACCCUCAGGAGGCAGAGCUUCAAGCAGACCAGCCCUUGAAGAAGAAGUAGACGGCUUCAGAGCACCAUAUCUAGUAUAAGUGUAGCCAGACGCGACCGACAGUGAUGUUAGGAUAGUAAUAAUACUCAAACACUACUUAAAUAUGUAAAGUUAAGUUUAAAUAGUUAAUGAAUGAGACGCUGCCGUCGACGCAAACAUGAUUGCCUCAACAGUUAGUUAUGCUAACUGCUAAGGUAAUUAGUUGUUUAUUAUCUCGUUACCCGCUCUCCUGUCGGUCGCUAGUCCUGGGCAAACUCGUUAUUGUUUCAUGUGCCAUAAAUGUAAUAGAAUAUUACUGGUGUAAGCGCCCCACGGUGCUCCACAGUGCGCAUGUACGAGACACGCAAUCAUACCAAUAGAUUUAAUGUAGAUAGAUAUUACUUGAAACAAAACUUUUUUUUAUGUAAAUAAAUAUUUUUUAUUAUGUCACAAACUCCAUCUGUGAUGGAAUAUUUUGAGUAAUUUUACAAUUUCUACACUUAGUUAGUCAGAAAGAAUAUUAUAGUGAAUAAAUUAUUUAUGUAAUAAGUUGUCUAAUAAAGUGAAUGUUUAGCUCGUAGGGUGGCUACUUGACAGUCAUAAUAAUUCGUAUAAGUGGAAUACUUUUCUAUAAUUGUGACGAUGUAAAUAGAUGGACAAUAAAAAACGUAUUAGCAAAAUGUUUUGUUUAAUUAUAUUACCGGUCGUCAGAAUUAAAUACAAAGCUGAAUAUAUGGUAUAAGUAUAGACAGGGUGAGGGGAGGCUCGUUGGAUCCCAGCGACAUAUAGAACAAGGCAAGCUUAGUCUCGAACACAACACAAUAUAAUCUAAAUAAAUUACAAUUUAUCAUAAAUAUACCCGGGCAGAUGCAAAAUGAACAAAAAAACAUUGCGAUAACAUAAAUUUUUAUUUACAUUCCGAAAUUCACAAUCAAAUGUAACAAUAAAGUUCCUACGUCCAACUUACCUGUCAAUGAAAGUACAGUGAGAAACACACAAGUCUACUGGUGAUUUAACUAUAUACACACAUACAUUCACAAAACUUCGUCACCCCACCGACCCCGACACUGCUCGAAGAGGUGGCUAGGCCUGUACAUAAUUUACUACCAAACGAGUUAUACAAUUUCUCCUUCGCAUAGUUCAGCCGCCUCCGACUACUCUUAUAGAGCAUACAGCGAUACAUAUCAUUAUAUAUAUUCUUAGAAUACAAAAAUUAAAACAAUAAGUUAUAUACAUCAAAUUAUAAUUUCAUGUACACGUGUCGCGACGGCAGUGCGUCGCGAUGUCUUCGGCCCGUACGUCUACUCCUGCUUAAAUAUCUUACCGGGCGCCGAGCGGGCCCAUUUUAGUAUCACAAUGUGUGUUAAACUAAACGGAGGUCCCACUAACUCCUAAACGCCUACUAAAAAAACUAUAAAAACCGAAAUCUUCUACUACAAAAUAAAAAGAAAAUCGUUUAAGAACAAUAAACUCGCUAGAAACGUACGGCGAGCGUACGCAGGGUGACCGGCAGCAGUGGCAGCUUCCUACUUGUACUUUCAUUGCGCACUCGCGCGCCGUCAGCCGAUUCAGUCCAAGACCUGCGACACGAUCUUCUCCAUGUCGUGGUCGAUCUCGUCGUUGCUGGGCGGCGCCGGCGCCGCGGGCGCGGGCUCGGGCGCCGCGGGCAGCUGGAACGGCUCGUCCAGCUCCUCCAGCCCCGCCGGCACCGCCAGCUUGCCCAGCUCCUCCUGCAGCUUCACGUAGUGCCG